CCGAGGCUCAAAGUCUCCGUGUUUUGGGUGAAAAAAAAUCCCAAACCCAAAUCAGGGGGGGUCUUCAAAUUUGGCGAUAGCGGAAGCUUUGGGAGGCGGCUUAGUGGAUCUACUUGAAACCCGUUUUCCCUCUGCUUACCGCUAUUCCCGUCCGAUCUCAGGUCUGGUGUUGUUUGGGAGUUUUGUAAAGUAGAAGAAUAAUAAGUUGAGUUUCGUCAUCAUGGCGUCCAAGCGCAUCUUGAAGGAGCUUAAGGAUUUGCAGAAGGAUCCUCCCACUUCCUGCAGCGCCGGUCCUGUGGCUGAGGACAUGUUUCAUUGGCAAGCGACGAUUAUGGGACCCCCUGAUAGCCCAUAUGCAGGAGGUGUAUUCCUUGUUACCAUCCAUUUCCCUCCUGACUAUCCUUUCAAACCACCUAAGGUUGCGUUUAGGACUAAGGUCUUCCACCCGAAUAUCAAUAGCAAUGGAAGCAUUUGUCUUGAUAUCCUCAAAGAACAAUGGAGUCCAGCCCUUACUAUCUCUAAGGUAUUGCUCUCAAUCUGCUCAUUGCUGACUGACCCAAAUCCUGAUGACCCCCUUGUACCGGAGAUUGCCCAUAUGUAUAAAACUGAUCGAGCCAAGUAUGAGUCGACUGCACGUAGCUGGACUCAGAAGUAUGCAAUGGGGUGAUGAUGGUCUUCUCCAGGUUUAAAAUUUGUAUUUUGGGGGGACAGGGUUAAGGGUGUUGAUUAAUUUGUGGGAUGAAGGAGAUCUUUGUUCUUCCUGUGUUUUGUUAUAUUACCAAAGAUAUGAAUGGGAUGUAAUUCUGGUGUCACCAGAACUUGAUGUUCCUUCUAGCUUGAACAAUAAUUUAUCAUUUAUGGUUGUUUACUCUUGAUCCGA